CAAUCAAAAUGAUCAUCGUAUGUAUGCUAUGUACUACGUUAGUAAUAGAGGCGGUCGAAGGAUGCAACGGUUACAAGUUAAUCGUUAAUCGCUUCGAAGACUGUAUCCCGAACAGUUUGGUGAAAAUUAACAAGUUCGAUCUAGUCCUGGACAACAAUUGCUAUGUCAUACCGUCAGGAUGUAUUACAACGACGAAAGGAUUUACGACGGCUACUGUACACUACAUUGUAAGUAAACCACCUAUCCCAACUUUGGAGGGUGACGAAAAUGCCUGCAGUUAUCUCAGGGAUUACAAGGAUGCGAGGAUGGCGUCUUUGUUUCAGCUACCCAAGCAAUGUCCUGUUUCUGCCAAUAAAGUUUGUGGUGACGCAAGCAAGAAGAUUAGCGUUUCUCAAUACAAAAGUAAGUUAUCCCUAUUUGCGGGAAAUUUGUCGAUGAAGUUGGAUUUCACGCACGACACUGGUGUGAGUUGUAUUAACCUGCAUUUAACACUCAAGAAGAACUAACUAAAUU